CGUCCUCAUUUAUAAGUCGUUUUGCGUCUGCUAAACGACUUAAGAUGUAAUGCAAAUGUAAAUUAUACUAUAUUAUAUUAGAUAUGUAAACUGAUUUUUAAACAAUAAUUUUCUAAAUGUUAAAUGUCAGCCAUAUUUGCCUGUCUUCAUAUGGUGUCAUUCUCUCAGUCUGCCGCAUGAGGGCGCCUCGCCUCUUUUCUCUUAUGAAUCGGCCCCCACAUCGAACAAUCGGAUCCCGGAGACAAUCUGAAGACGAGGCGUUUCCAGUCGCUGUCUGGUCUGCAGCUUCCUGGCCGUCUGCUGUUGCUGUUCACCUUGUUAGGAGUACGGACGAAAAACGCAAAACGUACAGUUUCUCAGCUCAAUGAAUCAUGGAAACAGAGAGAAAACCUGAAACGAAGAUCAAAAGAUAACGAACGCGAGGAGUAUGACGACAAAUGGACGUUUUAAUAGUCGGGAGUCACGAAACGGAUGUUUCCCUGUACCACAAACUGUGUGUUUCCAUCGAGGAGACUUGCAGUCUCGGGAUGUCCCAUAUAACUGCCCUAAACUCGGAUUAGGCAAAUGUACGUGGCGCCAGCUUUGGAACAAAGGGGGAAACAAAGUUUGAUGUAAUUCGUUGAUUUGGUUUGUUACAACAGACACAGACUCUCAGUAGACAGAUUAAACAGUCUUCAGCUGGUUACAUUUGAUGCUUCCUGCUGGAGAGAAAAAAAAGCAAUGCAAGGGGUUAAUGCAAGACCUUUAAAAUAGUUUUAAUUUAUUUUAUAUUCCAUUGUCAUUCUAAAAGGAACAAAUUUCUUUUGAUGCUGUUAAAAAAAAUGUGAUGCUGGACUCUCCAAAGCACAAAUAUUCAGCCUAGACAGCUGUACAAGUAACCGAGAAUAAAUCCGAAAUUGUCUUUGAAGAGGAGGAGAAAAGAAAAGAACAUGGCAGAUGAAGGCCGAAUAACAAUUCUUCACGUUGGACUGAUUGCAUUGGUGGUUCUUCUGGGUCCUGUGGCCGCUGCACAGAGUGAGCAGAGGGAGUGUGCGUUCACAGAAAAGCCACAUGGAGAGGGGCGUGUCUUUGUUGAGAACUCCACCAUUCGCUGUGAUCAUGGAGUUCACUGCUUUGGACUCUGGGUGAAAAAGAACAAUGAAAUUCUGCUGGAGAAGCAAGGUUGCUGGACAGGUAAACAUCAGGAGUGCUAUGACCGCUGCACGGUGACCAGCCCACCAUCAAUGGCCAAGAAUGGAACGCUUCGAUUCUGCUGCUGCAAAAAAGACAUGUGCAACCUGAACUUUACUGAGGACUUCCCACCUCCUUCCCCCACCACCGUACAGCCUCUACAUUCCCGCCAUCUUUACAGAGAGGAAGCCAUAGUUGCAGCAUUAGCAACUGUGUUCAUGGUUGCUGUCCUCGUCAUUCUGCUUUUUUUCGGCUACCGCGUCCUAAGAGGACGCGGUAAACACUCUCUGCAUACCCUGGAUAUUAUGGAGACUGCGCUUUCCCCACCUUCUCUGGAUUUAGACAACCUAGUACUGCUGGAGCUGAUUGGCCGGGGCCGGUACGGAACAGUAUAUCGCGGUUCACUGGAGGACCGGUCAUUGGCAGUGAAAGUUUUUGUUUCUGCUAACCGGCAGCAGUUUACUAAUGAGCGUAUGAUUUAUCGCCUCCUCUUGGAUCAUGAGAAUGUAGCGCGCUUCUUAGAGAGCGAGGAACGUGUCGGUACAGAAGGCCGGACAGAGUUUCUCCUCUUGCUGGAGUUUUACCCGUAUGGCUCUCUGUGCACGUAUCUGUGCGGGCGGACUGUGGACUGGCUGAGCUGCUGUCGUUUGGCUCUGUCUGUCACCAGAGGGUUGGCCUACCUGCACACAGAGAUACAGAGAGGGGAUGUGUAUAAACCGGCCGUGUCCCACCGGGAUCUGAACAGUAGGAAUGUGCUGGUGAAGACAGAUGGCUCAUGUGUGAUCAGUGAUUUUGGACUUUCCAUGAUUCUGACGGGAAAGAGACCGCCUGGGCACGGAGAAGAGGACAACAGUGCCAUCAGUGAGGUGGGUACAGUGCGAUACAUGGCUCCAGAAGUGUUAGAAGGUGCAGUCAAUCUAAGAGAUUGUGAGUCAGCACUGAAACAAGUGGAUGUUUAUGCACUGGGUCUGCUUUACUGGGAGACCUUCAUGCGGUGUGCGGACCUCUUCCCAGGUGAGACAGUUCCAGCUUUUCAGAUGGCAUUUCAGGCAGAGGUGGGUAAUCACCCUACCAUAGAAGACAUGCAGGCACUUGUGUCCCGAGAAAAAGAAAGACCCAAAUUCCCAGAGGCCUGGAAAGAGAAUAGUCUGACGGUGCACUCUUUGAAAGAAACAAUGGAAGACUGCUGGGAUCAGGAUGCUGAAGCCCGACUGACGGCUCAGUGUGCAGAGGAGAGACUUUCUGAACUGCUCCUUAUCUGGGACAGGGAAAAAUCAGCCAGUCCUGCUCUCAACCCCAGUACUGCACUGUUUAACCACAGGAACUUCUCUGCUGGAAGACAGAUGCCUAAGGUGGGUUCUUUCCUUGAACACUCAUCUACAAACGCUGAAGACCAUGAGGGCGCUGAUAAACCCCUCCACAAUGACACCUCAAUGGACCCACCCUCGGUGGGAGGGUCUAACCCUGUAGAGAAGAACAGGAACUGCAUAAACUAUGAGUGGCAGCAGGCCCAAUCACGACAGUCCGGGACAGAAAGCUCCUCCCCUACUCCUGUCUCAGAUUCCUACAAUGCCACACAGCCUCCACCAGUGGGCAACAGCAUCCCUCCCUGUGCUCAGCUGACCCAGGAAGACCUGGAGAUACCUAAACUGGACCCAAGUGAAGUCCAGAGGAACUUGAGAGAGAGCUCUGAUGAGAGCCUGAUGGAGCAUUCGCAGAAGCAGUUCUGCUCUCCAGAAACAUCCAUCUCACGUGGCCCGUUCUACCCCCUCAUGAAGAUGGCUUCUGACGUUUCAGGGUCACAGGGUUCUGGUCGGCUAACUGACACCCCUAUAACCAUCCUCCCUAAGCAGCAGAAUGUUCCUAAGAGGCCAAGUAGCCUAAGUCUCCAUGUUAAGCCUUCUGGGAAAACACCCGCCUUGUCAUCUUCAUCACUGCGGAUGAAGUUUGGGAAGCUUGGAAAGUCAAAUCUUAAGAAAGUCGAGAUGGGUGUGGCUAAAGCCAGUGCGGUCAGAGCGGCACAUGAGGCCAGGCCAGUUACCGUUGCCAACAAUGAUGCUGCGGCAGCAGCAGUGAGUAAAUAUGCGAACGGAGCAGCACCAGAGUCAGCAGGAAGUGCAGCCAGUGCCACUGAUGUCCGUUGGAAGGGCGCCAUGAGUUCAGAGGACUUGACCUUUGGCCUCUUGAACACUAGCCCUGACGAGCAAGAGCCUCUUCUGAGAAGAGAGGCACAUCCUGACAAUGCGAACAACAACAACAGCAAUAACAACAAUGGCGAGGGAGAGGGUGAGGGAGACACUGAGGGUGGAGGAGAGGGAGGAGAGAACAGUGAGAAUGUUGGUCCAACAGGAGAUGCUCCAUCAGCUCCUACCGUGGAGCCUGUCGCGCUGGCCGACCCGUGUCCUGCCCCAACCGUGGUUCCUCCACAGGCACAACCCCAAGCUCAGACACAAGGAGAGGCCCUGCUCAGACAAAACCGCGUGCGCAGACCUGAGAGACCCAACUCACUCGAUCUGUCCAUCACCACACUGCCUUUACUAGAUGGCAAGUCUGUCGGUGACAUGACCGAAGGGUCGGGAGAUAAAAUCAAGAAGCGAGUGAAGACACCUUACGCUCUGAAGAAGUGGCGUCCUGCCAGCUGGGUUAUCACCACAGAUACACUGGAUGCUGAAGUCAACAACAACAAUCGUCACGGUCAGAACCAGAAUCAAGCCGGUACCAGCAGACCUAAAUCAGCCUCUGCCGUGAAUCUAGGUAGUCGGGGAGGAUCUCGCUUCUCAGAUCCCAAUGACUGUGACUUUUGAACAUAAACCUCACUUUGCUCUUGAAAACAAAUGUCAAAUCAAACUCUACAGCUCUACAAAGUCUAAAGUUUGUGGAGACAAGUGUGGACUGGACCAUAUAAAUGUCUUAAAUUGAACCCCAGUUGUAAGCACAGUAAGAGUCUUUACAUUGAAAAGAGCUAUGCAGCCAUCUUUUAGUUUAAUGUUUUUGUAUGUUUCUUUUUAAUGAAGCCACUUUUUGGUUGCACUUUUCUGCUUGAAUUUAUAAAUCAAAAUUAUUUUGACCAUUUAAAAUGGUCGAUAAUAUUAAACCAGUGUACUUAAUCAUCACAUUCCCAAGGUCAUGGAAAAUGUUAGAGAAUUUUGAUUACUAGACCUGGAAAGAAAUCGAUUAAUGUUAUCUCUAAAAUACUUCAUUUCUCUUUGUGAGUGUAACCUUUAUAAAAUUAUAAAAAUCAUGAAAACUCAUUGGUAAGAAUAUGUGCAAAUUAACACUUAUUUACAUUUGUAAGGUUAUAAAAGCUUUCAUUUUUUCCCCAUGCAGACCUGCUGAAUAUGUUUACAUUCUCUAAUAUUUUGCCAUGCACGGUUUCAGCAGCUAUGAGAUUUAUGAGACAAUAUAACUGGAGUUCCGUGUUUGGAUAUUGUAAGUGCUGUUGUGAGGUCUGAAAGAAGCCAACAGACUACAGAAACAGCAAUUCAAAACAUUUCACUGUGGUGGCACUAUGUAUAUCAGCAUCAGACACUCAAGACAAUAUUUAGAAAUGGUGGGACUGUACAGAGAGCAAGGAGAAAUCUGAUAUGAUCAAACGCAGAAGACACACUUCUUGCUUUCUGGACAAGCUUUACUCAGAGACGCAAGACAAAGCUGCACUGUUCUGGAUCCUGUUAAACUGUUUAAUGAUGCUUUGGACCUACUUGUUAUUUACUUGUUUUUCUAUGUGUAAGUGAGUGUGCCUAAGCACACAAGAUCAGUUCUCUGUGUGUUUGUUCCUGUGUCUUUGUGUCUUGUCGUGUGAAAGGUUUUUGUGCUGCAUGCUUGUAACUAUUCCUAUAGGGAUUUGCAUCUUUGUAUACACUUACCUGUUCUGAUUAUUUGAUGAACAAAAAAUCAACAAAGGGCAAAGGAUCGAAUAAUCGGAUAGAAACCUGAGAACAGUCUUUUUUUCAAAGCACAGCACACAAGAGUGGCUUUUUUUUGCUAUGCACAAUGACAUGAAGCAAGCAGCUCUGGUCUGAAAUCAAACCUUAUGUUACUAAACUGCUCUGGCAUGUCAAUGAUAAUGAAUCGGAUGCUGUUAUUAUAAUCAUAUAAACAGAGUCCCAUAUUAUCCUUACCUGAACUGGCACAAGAUACUUUCAGCUGCGUCCCUAGUGUGUUUAUGCACAAAUAUGUGCUUGCUUGUGCAUGUAUGCGUGGAUGAAUGUUUGUAUGAUGUUAUUCUCCUGUUAACACAAUCGUUGUAAUCGUAGUGUCGUGGUCAAUCAUUUUAUUACCCCUUGCUGAGACCUUUUGAAAAUUGUGAUUUGUAUAAGAUGGUGCAGACUGUAAAAGUGUAUUGUUAUUUGCAGAUUUAAAUUAAAUUAUGCUUUGCAUUUG